GGGAGGCAGGGAGGGAAAGAGGAAGGAAGGGGGGAUGUGCUGCCGCUGUUCUCCUCAGGACCCCUCUGGCUUUUUUCACAUAAUGGCGGUGCCUCCGCGGAGGUAGCGGCGGUUGAUGCUCCUCAAAGGGGCGGCAAUGGGAGAGAAAGUUUCUGAGGGGAACGCCGCCUCCUUUUCGGACGACGACGAGGACGGCUCCGCUUCUUCUUCUUCUUCUUCUUCCUCUUCGAGCUCCAGCUCCCAAACUCUUUCUGAGGAGGCUGUUGGUGGCGCCUCAACAGGCGGCGCUAGCGGGCGUUUCUCGCCCCGCGCGGCCCCCUUUAGCAACAGCGCCCCCGAGCGGCCGGUGGAGGAAUGGGGCGCCAUUUCAGUCCUCGGAGGAGAGCAGGAGAAGGAGCCGCAGGAGGAGCAGGAGGGCGACGGCCACGUCGAGUGUGGGGCUGGGGCUGGUGGAGGGGUGGCCCCCAGCCACUGCCCCCCUGAGGCCGGCGCCGGCGAGGCCUCCCUGGAGGAGCAGGACGAGGAGCUUGAUAGCAUAUUGUCUCCACCAUCUAUGCCAUUUCGGAAAUCCAGUAACCCUGAAGUUUCUUCUGGACCUGGCAAGUCACUGAAAUUUAAAAGGCAGCUAAGUGAGGAUGGAAGACCAUUUAGAAGAGGAAGCCUUGGAGGAGCUUUGACUGGUAGGUACUUGCUACCAAAUGCUGUUACACAACAGUCGUGGCAAAGUGGAGAAACUUCCAAUCUUGUCCGAAUGCGCAGCCAAACUCUUGGGCAAUCAGCUCCUUCUCUAACAGCUAGUUUGGAAGGGACACCUCAGAAGAGCCAUUUCAGCUCAACUCGGCAUCAUCAGAGGCUAGCAGAACCAACGGCUACAAAAAAGGAGCUGAGCCUUCCAAGAAGAGGAAGUUUUUGCCGGACAAGUAAUAGAAAAAGUUUGAUAUGCAAUGGACAGUCUUCUGCUAUGCCUCGGCCACAUUCACCACUUUCAGCUCAUGCAGGGAGUAGCCCCCAAGACAGCCCCAGAAAUUUCUCUCCUAGUGCCUCAGCCCACUUUUCUUUUGCACGAAGCCAUGGACAUCGAAAUGAGAGGACGGAUGGACGACGUUGGUCACUGGCAUCUCUUCCCUCCUCUGGCUAUGGUACAAAUACUCCCAGUUCGACUGUUUCAUCAUCCUGUUCCUCCCAAGAGAAGUUACACCAGUUACCAUAUCAGCCAACACCUGAUGAACUACAUUUUUUGUCUAAACAUUUCUGCACGACUGAAAGCAUUGCCAGUGAUAACAGAUGUAGGACCACACAAAUGCGGCCACGAUCCAGAAGCCUCAGCCCUGGACGUUCUCCUGCCUGCUGUGACCAUGAAAUAAUUAUGAUGAACCAUGUAUACAAAGAAAGAUUCCCAAAGGCUACUGCUCAGAUGGAAGAACGGCUUCAGGAGAUUAUUACCAACCAUUCUCCUGACAACGUCCUUCCCUUGGCAGAUGGAGUGCUGAGUUUCACCCAUCAUCAGAUCAUUGAGCUGGCUCGUGAUUGCUUAGAUAAAUCUCAUCAGGGUCUCAUCACUUCACGAUAUUUCUUUGAAUUACAACACAAAUUGGAUAAACUCCUGCAAGAGGCUCAAGAACGAUCAGAAAGUGGGGAACUGGCAUUUAUUAAGCAGCUUGUCCGAAAGAUACUUAUUGUCAUUGCACGUCCUGCUCGCCUACUUGAAUGCUUGGAGUUUGAUCCUGAGGAGUUUUACUAUCUUUUGGAAGCUGCAGAAGGCCAUGCAAAAGAGGGGCAAGGCAUUAAAACUGACAUCCCUAGAUAUAUUAUAAGCCAGUUGGGUUUGAACAAGGAUCCUUUAGAAGAAAUAGCGCAGCUAGCUAACUAUGACAGUGGGACAGCAGCAACUCCAGAAACAGAUGAAUCGGUUAGUAGUUCUAAUGCACCCCUGAAGCUCCAAAGGAAGCCUCGGGAAAGUGAUUUCGAAACAAUUAAACUGAUUAGUAAUGGAGCUUAUGGUGCUGUUUAUUUGGUGCGGCAUAAAGAAACCAGACAGAGGUUUGCCAUGAAGAAGAUUAACAAACAGAAUCUUAUUCUUCGAAACCAAAUUCAGCAGGCAUUUGUUGAGCGUGAUAUCUUGACGUUCGCAGAAAAUCCAUUUGUAGUCAGCAUGUAUUGUUCUUUUGAAACCAGACGCCAUUUAUGUAUGGUCAUGGAAUAUGUAGAAGGUGGAGAUUGUGCUACUUUGAUGAAAAACAUGGGUCCCCUGCCUGUAGACAUGGCCAGGAUGUACUUUGCAGAGACUGUUUUGGCAUUGGAAUAUCUCCACAACUAUGGAAUAGUACACAGGGAUUUGAAACCAGAUAACUUAUUGGUAACAUCCAUGGGACACAUAAAGUUAACAGAUUUUGGGCUUUCCAAAGUUGGACUCAUGAGCAUGACCACCAAUCUGUAUGAGGGUCACAUUGAAAAGGAUGCUAGAGAGUUUCUGGAUAAACAGGUCUGUGGCACACCAGAAUAUAUAGCUCCAGAAGUAAUUCUGAGGCAAGGUUAUGGCAAGCCAGUGGACUGGUGGUCUAUGGGAAUUAUUCUUUAUGAGUUUCUUGUUGGAUGCGUACCAUUUUUUGGGGACACACCAGAGGAGCUAUUUGGACAAGUAAUCAGUGAUGAGAUCAACUGGCCUGAAAAGGAUGAAGCACCACCUCCAGAUGCCCAGGACCUGAUUACAUUGCUUCUGAGGCAAAACCCCUUGGAGAGGAUGGGAACAGGUGGUGCCUAUGAGGUAAAACAACACCAGUUCUUUCAGCAUUUAGAUUGGAAUAGUUUGCUGAGACAGAAAGCAGAAUUCAUUCCUCAGUUAGAAUCUGAGGAUGACACAAGCUACUUUGACACUCGUUCUGAGAAAUAUCACCAUAUGGAAACAGAAGAGGAAGAUGAUACAAAUGAUGAAGACUUUAACUUGGAAAUAAGGCAAUUUUCCUCAUGUUCACAUCGAUUUUCAAAAGUUUUUAGUAGUAUAGAUCGAGGAACUCGAAAUCAGACUGAAGAGAAAGAAGACACAACUGAAAGAACAAAAAAUGUGACUCUAACAUCUGCAGAAUCAAGUUGGAGCUCAGAAUAUUCAGAAAUUUCUAGGCAACGUCACAGUUCAGGGGUGCUUCCUAAAUUGGCUAUAUCAUCUGAGGGAGAUCAAGAAGAAACUCCACGUUCUAUUGGAACCCGUAAAGAUCAAGAAAAGACUACCUUUGUCAAUGAAGAAAUUAUUCCCGAUGAACUGGAAGUAACAACUCCAGCAAGCACAAUCAGUAGCUCUACAUUGUCAGUUGGCAGUUUUUCAGAACACUUGGAUCAGAUAAAUGGAAGAAACGAAAGUUUGGACAGCACAGAUAAUUUCUCAAAGCCACCUAAUGAUCAAGCAUCUCAUAUAGCUCAUCAGCGAUUAGAAACUACAGAGAAAAAGAAAAUAUCAGGAAAAGUCACAAAAUCUCUCUCAGCCAGUGCUCUGUCUCUUAUGAUCCCAGGAGAUAUAUUUGGUGUAUCUCCUCUGGGAAGUCCAAUGUCCCCCCAUUCUGCAUCUUCAGAUCCCUCAUCAUCCAGAGAUUCUUCUCCUAGCCGUGACUCCUCAACUGCUUCAGCCAGUCCUCACCAGCCUGUCAUAAUUCACACUUCUGGAAAAAAAUAUGGCUUCACUAUCCGAGCAAUCAGAGUGUAUGUGGGUGAUAGCGAUAUCUAUACAGUUCAUCAUAUUGUUUGGAAUGUUGAAGAGGGAAGUCCAGCUUAUCAAGCUGGACUCAAAGCUGGUGAUCUCAUCACUCACAUCAAUGGAGAGCCGGUGCAUGGCCUUGUUCACACUGAAGUCAUAGAACUGUUAUUAAAGAGUGGCAAUAAAGUUUCAAUUACUACAACACCUUUUGAGAACACUUCAAUAAAAACGGGACCAGCUAGAAGAAAUAGCUAUAGGGGCCGAAUGGUUAGACGGAGUAAGAAAACAAAAAAGAAAGAAAGUUUGGAAAGGAGAAGAUCACUUUUCAAAAAACUAGCUAAGCAGCCAUCUCCCCUUCUUCAUACGAGUCGGAGUUUCUCAUGCUUGAACAGAUCACUUUCAUCAGGAGAGAGCUUGCCUGGCUCACCAACUCACAGCUUGUCUCCCCGCUCACCAACACCAAGCCUUCGCUCCACCCCUGAUUUCCCCUCAGGUACAAAUUCAUCUCAAAGUAGCUCUCCAAGUUCAAGUGCACCCAAUUCUCCAGCUGGCUCAGGGCAUAUUAGACCCAGCACCCUCCAUGGAUUAGGUCCCAAGCUUGGUGGGCAAAGAUACAGGUCAGGAAGACGCAAAUCAGCUGGCAGCAUUCCUCUCUCACCCUUGGCACGGACCCCUUCUCCCACUCCUCAGCCAACAUCCCCUCAGAGGUCUCCAUCACCUUUAUUGGGGCAUUCAGUUGGAAACACAAAAAUAGCUCAGGCUUUUCCUGCCAAAAUGCACUCUCCUCCCACUAUUGUCAGGCAUAUAGUUAGACCUAAGAGUGCAGAACCACCAAGAUCACCAUUGCUCAAAAGGGUUCAGUCCGAAGAGAAACUUGCCCCUUCUUAUGGUACUGACAAGAAACACUUGUGUUCACGCAAACACAGCCUGGAGGUAACUCAGGAAGAAGUUAACCGAGAAGUAUCUCAACGAGAUAUAACCCUUCAAAGCCUUGAGGAGAAUGUUUUAGAUGCCCCGUCACUCACACGAGUGAGGCCUGCAGAACAAGGUUGCUUAAAACGUCCCAUUUCCAGGAAGUUGGGCAGACAAGAAUCAAUUGAUGAGUUGGACAGAGAAAAAUUAAAAGUUAAGAUAGUUGUGAAAAAGCAAGAUCUGAUAGAAAAACAAGAAUAUUUGCAAAAAGCAAACAUUGUACAUGAACUUUGUGGUGAAUCAGAAAGCUCUGUUACCUCUUCUCUGGAGGAAAGAGAUGGCAAGAAAACAUUUCCAAAAGCUUUGGACAGAUCAAACCCCUCUGAAACUAAAAUUGCAGCUCUGGAGAUACAAUCAGUAGGUGGCAUGCUAAAGGACACCCUUCAAAAGAAUGCAAGCAUGAGAUCAAAUGAUUUUAUUGCUUCAGAUGCACACAUACAAUGUCAUGGGCCUUCAUUUAAUGAACUCAGUCAUUUGUCUUACGACUUCAAAAGAACUCCCGCUUCAUGUACCUUGCAGGAUGUUCUGCCUCAGUCAUCUGACAAGAUGCUGAAUGGAAAAGGAGAAAAUGUAGAUAAAACAGUACCAACAAAAGAAUUUGUCAAAUUGGAAAGAUUAGAUAGUAAGCUUGCAAAUAUCGAUUAUCUUCGGAAGAAAAUGUCCUUUGAAGAAAAAGAUGACAGCCCCUGUCCAGUAUUAAAGUCCAAACUGACAUCAAAUGUGCAUGAGUGCCAUCAGCUCAAUUCAGUCAGACCUAUAAACGUGCUGCAGGAUUCCAGUUCAAUUGCUGAAAGCCGACCUUUUAUCAGCAGUGCUCAUGCUAUGCAGAUUAAUUCUGUUGCUUUUGUUCCCCUCAAAGCCUUGAAUGUCCGAGCGGAAACUAGUAUGGAGAAAUCAGCCAUGAUUUCUACAGAGUCACCUGUCCGAAAGAGUCCUUCAGAAUAUAAGUUAGAAGGAAGGUCUGUAUCUUGCCUGAAACCCAUUGAAGGCACAUUAGACAUUGCAUUACUUUCAGGACCACAGGUUUCAAAGACAGAAAUAUCUUCAUCUGCAUUUCCAGGAGGUCAAAAUACCGAAAAUGAUGCUGUGCUACCCACAUGCCCAGGUGGCAGCAGUAUGAAGGUUGAGCCAUCUUCUCCAAAAGAGCAACCACAAAUCUUCCAACAAUCCAGUCCUUACAAAUUCAAUCUGUCUUCAUGUUCAAAGCCAAAUAAAAGUGCGCAGAGCUCACCAGCAAUGUCUGUUACCAUUGAACAGCAACCAGAAAAACCACUCUCCAAUCUCAGUGCUAAAUGUGAUACCACUGUACGGGUGAUAAACCAAAAAAAGGAGGUAAUCCAACUUAGUGCAAAUGAUACUAAAUCUCCUAGCCUCCAAAACCAGAGUUCUACCAUGACAACCAACAAAUCUGCCCACCAACAAGGCAAUUCUGAAAAAGCCAAACGAAAAGAGAAGAAACCUUCGAAAGAAGUGCCUGACAGCCACACAAGGGCUCAACAGAGCAAUGAUAUCCUUCCAGAGAGGCCUGGAAUAACUGAGGAUUCCUCAACAAAGAGAUCUGUAACAGAUGUGCCCCCAAGUCAAGGCCCUAAACGUACUCCAAGAUGUUCCUUUGAUGCAAAUUUGCAGCCACAAACACAUGUAACAGGAAAAGUACAUAUAACAAGUUCAAAGUUGAAAUCCAAAGAGGUCAAGGAUAUGCUCAAACAAUCUGCAAAAGAGGAUGGCAACACUGGUACUGAAUUUUCAGGAGAUGAUUUGGGCAUACAGAGAGCAAGUGCAUAUUGCAAGCCUGAAACUUCAGUCCUCCAAAUGUCUUUACAAGCAUUUUCAGAUUCUAAUGCUGCUAAACAGGAAAAAAAUAUGGUUAGUGUAACUGUACAAAAGGACAGCCCUCGAGAUUUGAAAGCAAAAGAGCAGAGGCAAUCUAAGACUGCACUUUCAGCUAGUGAGAAAGAAUCCAGCUUUGUUUCUAGACAGCAAAGUAGCAAUUCUGACAUUCCUUCUGUAAGACAAUUAUUCAGUGAAACAUUCAUUGCCGAUGUGCCUCUGUGUUACAGCAACCAAGAUAAUCUCCGACCAGCAUCAGAUACAGAAAAUAGCACUGUUAAAUCAAGACAAGUAUCUGACACUUGUUCUUUUAAUUUGAAGAAUUCUGAUAAACUGACACAAAAACAAAUAGCUAAAAAUGCAAAAGAAAAGGAAAGUGGUGUUCAGACUUUGGCUGGUUCUAGGAAGGAAGGGAAAAAUGCAUGUUUCUCAUAUUCCUCAAGCUCUCAAAAAAAAUUAAAUAAUGAGCAUAUCCAGGUGGAACGGCAACUGGUUAUUGAAUGUGGAUCAGAACCCACAAUCCAAACAAAUAGCACCAUGCCUGAAAAACAAUUUAAAUCCUCCAUCAAAAGCCAGGGAGCAGCAGUGUCACCAGACAACACUAAGCAUUUUCAAAGACAGGAGAUGACAAGCUUAAGUGACCCUGUUGAUCAAAAGCCAUAUCAUAUACGUAGCAAACAAAGCAUGGCUCCAAAAGUAGCUGCUGUAAAAGAAAAUCCCUUAUUAAACAAACAGUCAGAUAAGGGUCCAAGCAAUCAGUCUAGUGUGGCAGAAAAACAACUUGAAGCAAAAAAAUGCACUGAAGCACUUUAUUUACAAAAUGACCAUGGGAAAUCAGAUUCGAGUCUUUCCCUUCCUAGCUGUGAUACUAGAGGAAAAGCUGUGGACAAGGCAGUCAUGGGUAGCAAGAAUGUUCAGGACACUAAAGGCAGAGGACACAUGAAUCAGAAACAACUAGCAGAAGGGAGUAAGCAGCAUGUGACAAAACAUUCCUCCUCAGUUCCUUUGCAGAGUUCAUGCCGUACAGCUGCAAUUACUACAAAGCCACUUGACUGCCCAUCCAGCUUCUCUGAAUCUGGACAGGAAGUCCAUGUUUUGUUUUCAACAAAAGCUAAGCUGGGGCCACCAGAGCCACUUGCAGCCAGCUGCAAGGAAGUGAAAAAACAAACCAGUUCUUCCAUAGCAGAUGGCAGGGCAGAAAUUACUAAAAGUGUUUCCCUGUUGGGCAUGCGCUGUACUCCAUCCCCUGUGGAAGAGCACAUUCUGAUUUCUGACUGUGGGGGAAAGGUGAGAAACCAAGAGAGAUCUCACUCUGCUAACACUGUGGACAUAAAGGGGAAAGACCCCAUUCUGCCUCAGUCUUCUGCUGUAAGAAAACAGAAUGUAGGUAAAGAUUUGCCAAAGUCAGGGACUUCAUCUGACUCUCUCAAUGCACUUUCAUCUGACAAAGACUGUGCCCGGCAGAGGCGAGGAAAAGACGUCUCAAAAAGUAGUCCCCACAAAAAAACAUCCUAAUAUCAAGGCUUGCAACUACAACUUCUUAACUAAAAAUGUAAUAUCUCAUUUUAUCUUUAGAAAACAGCACUGUGUAGUAUUUUCUUGCAGAAAAAUACUCAGCGCCAUUUAAGCAGGGUGUGUAAAGAAAGGACUUGUUGUUUUCCCCUCAGAAUGCCUUCCCAAAUGUAACCGGUUAAACUGUUACCAUAUUGUAUUUGUACAAAAAUACUUUUACAAUUUGAAAAACACAUUGCAGGGACAGGGAGGGGGUAAAUAGCAAAUGGUCUAUAAAUACUUCAUAGUGUGUUGUUCUGAAUGUAGUGUAUCCACUUUGCUGCUGAUUGCAUUAUUUCUUCUACCUUUUUAUGAUAGUAGCUUUGCCACUGGUUUGCCAUAAUCUAAGAAGAAGCAGAAUUACUAAAACCUGGGCCUAGGCUAAACCCACAAAUAUACUGGUCCUAUGUGAGGACAGAGGACGAAAUGUCCCCCACUUUAUACUUACUCAAAAUUCUAUACUUAACUAUGACAUUUAAGAAAAUAGACAUCUAGUUGCUGUUAGUGAGUUUAGGUAUGUAUUUUAAGAGUUUGAGGUUGGUAGUAUUGUAGUGAGCUAGAUGUAUUAGUUUAAAUAGCUAACCAAACUGCAGAUCUUUAGUGCACAAUGUCUGCUUUUUGGUUAGGUUAUGCUAGGAAUAACGAAGGGAAGAAUCUCCAUUACUAUUGUAACUCAUACCAUGCCAUUUACAAUCUAGUUUCUGGUAAUAUGAUGGCUAUGUGUUCACCUUUCCUUCACUGGAUCCUAGGCUGAGUCUAUAGUGACUUUGCAACGAGCCCAGUUCGUACUGUUGAUUCAGGCCAUAGUUAUUUAAAACCAGGCCUUUGGGGUAUGAAGCUUGUGCAGAAGCACAUAGCUUAAAGUGUUAAACCAUUUUUCAUUACCUUAAUGAAUCAUCUCUGUUAUCAUGAUACAUUUGAACAUUUAGUGGUUCAGCUUUCUUUUCUAUUUUAUGACAAAGGUGGUGAAGUUGGGGGGGAGGGGAAGCCAUGGGUUUUCCCCCCAACAGUGUACCUAGAUAUAUCCAGCACAUGAUAAUAUUUUAUACCUAGCUGGGGCCUUAUGUUGUAGAGUUGCUUGCUGUUUUUAGCAAGUCAUCCUAGGUUUCACAUUCUUUUUGAAGUACAUUAAGUAGCUAUAUACAUUUCAUAUUGUGACCUUUAUUUGUAUUGGAAAAAAAGUAAAUGUGUUUUUUUAAAGAAUAAAAAGGUGGUUUUGUAAAAAAAGGGGGGCAAUAUUUGAGCUAUUUGGUGCUAGAGUUUGAGUGUCCUUUUUACUUUUGCUAAGCCUUAUUUGAAUUUUGUGCAUUGUGGAAUGUGUCUAAUUUGUCUGGUUAAAUUUGGAGCAAAAGUGUUUGGUAUGGUCAAAAACACUCCAGAAAAAUGAUCACAGAUAAAUCUGCUAGAGUGACCAGGAUCCAUUUUUUAUAUGUUCUCUCUUCUAUAUUCAUUUACAGAAGUUCAUUUAAUGGCGGCCUCCCUGCCAAGAUAUUUUCCCUUUCCAUUCCCCAAACUGUAGUCAUCCAAAUUUAAUGCAGCUAUGAGUGUUGUUUGUACAAUACCAGCAUGCUAAAUGCAAUUUUCCUGAGAAAAAAGCAUUUCAUCAGUUGGGAUUUUACUCAUUUUUAGAAGUCUUUGCUAAGAAAAUAAAAUUACCAGCAAGUCUCUGCAAUUUUCUCUGAAGUGCUAGUGCAUUCAUUUCCCUUAUAUGCACUCAUGAAUUAUUUAGAACAACUGGGUGUUUUUUGUUUUGUUUUGUUUUUUUAAAGAGCAUGGUCCUGGCAUUUACAGUCUGUGUCUGUAUUUUGGAAAUGAAUUCACCAAACAUUAAUGCACUCCAAAAUCAUGACAUUUCUAUCUGGGAGGUAUUUAAUAGUUUACAGCUACUUGCAUUUAAAAACCUUCCAUUUGUUUUCUUUAAAGCACAUCUAGCUUUCUUGUUUACAAAUAUAUCUUUUUAAUGUAUAUUUUGUAUAGCGCUUUAUCACUUCUGCCAAAAAUUUUUUCCCCAUUUUGGAAGUGGAGUAGCACCUAAGCUUGCAUUCAUGUAGUUCCUGUUUGUUGAUGUUUAACUUAGAGUGAACUGUUAAAGAUCCUCUUUAAAUGUACUUUGUCAGUCUCUGUGUGGUUCUAUAUUAAAUUGUCCCUUUGUAGCACUUCCUACUGUAGAUGAUCAAAUUAUUAAAAAGAACGUUUGUUAGGAUCUGUGCAA